UCCUAGCAUUCCACCACUCUCAUUGCUAGUGAGGUACACAUUAUCGGUAACUGAUUAUUCUUAAAUUAUAACAAAUGACUCCUGAGAGUCAACAGUAGUCUUGUACAGUAAGAUCUGGGCAACUCUGUGGAACAGGAAAUUUACAGUGAAAGGGAUUAUAGAUAUAAAUUUGAAUCAUCAGACAAUAACAAAUUGAGAGGAUAUCAUCGGGAAGAACUAGAGGAUGAAGAACAAAUAGAAGGAAAAGGCGCAAAAUAAAAAAAAGCAACAGAAGAGUUAGAAAUAGAUGGACUAAAAUUAUUAAAUGAAAACGUACAGGAAGGGAGAGAAUGCUAAAGUAAAAUAAAAAGUAGACCAAGAGAAGUGAAAAAAAUAGCAAGAAGACUGAGAAGCAGUACAGGAAUCCAAGGGAAAAUUAUAAUUAAUAGAACAGCUUUAGUCACAGCCUCCCUCGCUGCCCUGCCUCCAAACACACACAUACACACACAAAAUGACCGGUAGCAAAAUAGCCAAUCGGCUACAGGCAUUGGUGGUGCUACUGCUGUAUGUAUUUGACGUCGUUAUGGUAGUGGCCUGUGCUUUCGUGCACUUGACCCAUGGCGGAACAUCCAACUGUUUCGGAGGCUUCACCAUCGCCAUCUUUUGCGUGGGUGGAUUUUUCACAAACUGGUUCAACUUCUACAGGCAUGAGAAGCCAAGGAUGGAGCAGCGCCAGUGGCCCAAGAAGAUACAAAAAGUGUUGUUCCUUUUCAUCCCUUCCCAAGCUUUCCUGGUCUGGACGUGGGAGUGGUGGAAGAACCCCCUCAGCUGGACGGCGAACUACUGGGUGGCGACCCUGAGACUCUUCUACACCACCACGGGCUCCCUUCUACAGGCAACCUUGCAGACAUACAUCAUAAUUGAUCUGUGGUGGGACUUGGAAGUCGCUUAUGAAGAUAUUUGCGUGAUGAUGGCAGCUGCGGUGUUUCUGGCACUUCACUCGGUGUUGGGUGUCUGUAUCUUCGUGUGGAAGGAAACCUAUGAGGAGGAGCACGAGGUACCCCGUACCAGAGACUUCGUCUUUAUUGUUAUCUCUGUCUCCCUAAACAUGUGUGGACGCAUUGUAUCUAUGGCCAUGGUGGCAGCUGUCAUCAACUGGGGGUGGAUGAUAGGUGGCCUUGCUGCCCCCUUCUUUUUAAACUAUGCCUUGUGCUUGUACACUACCUUCCCCUUGUCCGAAGGCAGCUUUGGUCAGUUGGUUGCUCGGUGCACUCUUCCAAUACCAACUGCUCUGCUGUUCGCCCUCAGUGUAUCUAAGGACAAAGUUGCGACAGUACUCACCACGAUAUGUUGGUUGUGUUUUUCGCUCCCCCAGAUCGUGACACACCACGACACUGCCAUACAUUGGCUGGUGUGGGGUGUACCCUUCCUGGGGCAGUUGGUGGCAUUCGUGUUGAUGAUGAUCAAGUGGAGUAUCUUCCAGACUGCCUUCACGAGGUUUGGACGUCUACUGGAGGUUAAUAAGGAGACGACUAAUAGAACAAAGGAAGAAGUGUGAGUUCACCUUAACAGCGCAAUUAAGAAUGCUCACGACUCAAAUUAUUAACUAAAAGGACAUAUUCGAUCUCAUGGCCACACUAUGCAGCCAUUUGGCUGAAUCCAGGCGUUUGUGACCAAGAUACACUGGUUAUUUAACUACCGUGCAAUCCACUGGUGUUCCUCCUAAUCCUGACGUAGUGAUACACCCUGUACAGUGCCUUGUUAUGUCAAGGCCCAGAACAUAAGUAAUCCUUCUCUCCCGAGUGUCAUUCUACAAUGUGCUGGACCACAUACUGUACAGUAAAGGCGACAGCUAUAAGUUGAUAUGAUAAUAUAGUUUGUAACAGAUGGGAGGUGACAGACCAUGUAUUACAAGUGCUGGCCUGAACAACAAGUCCACCAGCCAAUGAUACACAUUUUUAAGCCAUGUUUUAAUAGAGACACUAGCAGAAAACACAAUAUAGUUUUUACAGCCAAUCCACCAGACUGCCUCUUCGAGAGUUGAUCACUCCCGCAUUAAUUUUCUUCCAUUGUUCAUCUGAGGGAUGGGGGUGUAGAGGUGCUGAUGGCAUUUAAUUAUCUUGUCGUUAUUUGAAUUAUAAGAUGACAAAAAAAUUUUGGGUUUGCAACUUGAUAUUGAUACUUACGGUGUCGUGGCUCCAAAGACUGUAAACAACUCAGCCUCUCACCGCUAGAGUUUUUAAUAAUUGAUAGACCAGUGUUAUUAUUACCUUGUUAUGCGCUGAAAAACCUUAUAUUUAUACAGUAUUAGUUGUUAAAGCGCAGUAAUAACAUUACAGUAUAACGUCAACGUUACCGCUAUUGUCUAUGAAACUACUACUGUAAGGAGCUCUGCUACUGUCUGUAUGGAACUCUGCGACUGUAAGGAGCUUUGCUACUGUCUGUAUGGAACUCUGCUACUGUCUGUAAAGAACCUUGCUACUGUCUGUAAGGAACUCUGCUACUGUCUGUAAGGAACUCUGCUACUGUGCUUCUGCCUGUAAAGAACUGUGCUACUGUCUGUAAGGAACUCUGCUGCUGUGCUACUGUCUGUAUGGAACUCUUCUACUGUCUGUAAGAAAACUUUUCACAAAACUCUAGGAAGUCCAAAUUCGUUUUUUCUUACUUUUACGUCUGUUUCUACUUUAAGGAAUAUUGUAUUGUCAAAUUUUGUGUACCAACUGUAAACAUUUAAUUAUACAGGCACAGUAUCUGUAAGUGACAUUUAUUUUUACAUAUAAUUGUUAUCAUAAAUUAUCCAAGGAUGGUAUUGACCUCAAAGUUUCUUUUGUUUUUAGAAGUAAAUAUAGAUGUAUACAAUGUAGUACAUGUUUUCCCAGACAAAUGUUCAGAUAGCUUUAUCUACAGUGGUUAGUGCCUGAGCCUGAGAUCUUGUAACAGUGAAGACAUGACCUAAGCAAGACUGAUUUUUAUUACUAACACCUUCUGUAUUAUUGUUGCUCAUAUUGUCAUAAUAAUUAUUUUCAAGCAUCUCAAAUAUAUCACAAAAUAAUGAUUCAUAGAAUUAAUUUAAAAACAAAAAUUACAGAUGUUAUGAUAUUUGUUGUACUGUAUAUGAUUAGGAACCUACUGUUUGUGGCAAGCAUAAUUUCACUUUACAGUUCCAAUGAAUUAAUUAUAUUAUCUGUGGUCCAAAUAAAUGGAAAAAAUUAAA